AUGCAAACAGCUGUGUCAACAAGCCUCGCUAGCAAAGCACCCGCGCAGUCGUCACACGUAGCGUGCAGCCUGACAGGGCAUAGUUCUUAUUCUCAGAUCGACCUCCUGUUAAACAUCACCCGCAUUUUCCGAGAAAUAGUCGACUUUUUGGAGGAUACUGAAAGCGAUCACGAACUGCGCAAAUUCUAUGUCCAUUUAAACGCAUAUAAUCUACUUCUAACAGAGCUCAUUGCUCCAGUACAGCAAGAUGGAGCCAUAUCCGGCGUUCAAUCCCUAUCUCGUUCAAUACUCAAAAGACUUUCCUGCUUCUUACGGCACUCUGUUUUACCGGACCAUGAGACAACCCUAUCAUCUUCCGACCCAUUUCCUCGAUUAACGACUUUGAAAUAUUACUGGGACUUGCCUAGGGCUCUGCAAGAGAAGAUGCUAAAUAUUGGGCAGUGUUUAGAUUUUGGUUCCCAGGAUAUACGAGAUGAGAUGAUAUUAGUGCUUCGAGGCGCUGUUGACAUGCUCCGCUCCCAUUAUCCCGAGACACUUACAGAUGCGGCGGAUGACUAUCGUGCACCGCGGAAAAAAAGAAGAAAUGCGAUAGCUUCCGCAUCUUCUGUGGCGAGUUCGGUAUAUCAGGCAUUAAUCGCAUCUUCAAAUGCAUGCUCCUCCAUCCAUAGCCACGAUUAUGCGGCUAGACUCCGACUAGCGACGUAUCGUAAGACUGUGGAGGACAAUUAUGCUUUUGAAACAUUCGUUACGCUUAAUCUGACUGGUCAGUCAUGGCAAGAAACGCAGAUUCUAGCAGUUCUCGCCAAUCAAGAGAUGCAAAAGAAGAAGGCAAGCAUCAAAUUCGCCGAUCAGUGUGGUUCGUCCAGUGGAAAGCAGCGAAACCACCGUCGUCGUUUAGCUGUAGAGCGAUUGUGUGAACAGAUUGAGAAAAGCAAGUCAAAGCCUUCAAUGCGUCUCAACCUAGCCGUUGAAGACGGCCGACUGUGGAAAGAUCAAUCUUGUAUGAGCGUGUUUCCCAUCAGCCGUUCAGACCCUCCGCUCUCUCUUGAAGACAUUAUAAUAUCUCGCCCAGCCAGUCUAACCGAAAAGGUGAAACGUGUCCUAGCUGUUUUGCUAGCUUACGCUAUUCUUCACCUUCACGGAACUCCUUGGUUACUGCGGUCUCGUUUCAACGCUUCCAAUAUUUUAUUUUUCCGUACCUCGAGUGCCAUUCCGUUGAAGCCAUAUAUUCACACAGACCUUAUGGAGAUGGUCCACAGCUCCGAGGAAGCUUUGAUAGAGGCCGGUGACCUAGAUGAUGAAAUUGACCCGGAUGACUUUCCAUCUCAUCCCUAUCCGAAUAUUGUCAUGCUAGCUAUAAUGCUCAUGGAGUUAUAUAUGAUACAGCCAAUCCAAUCGCUGGCUGAACAGGCUGGAAUGGAACUUGACAACUGGAGUCAAGUCGAUGAAAAUACCAGAUAUGCUGUUGCUGCUGCGGUCUUCGAGAAAUUUCGAGCAGAAUUUCCGGACAAUUACCGUGAAGCAGUCGACAGGUGCCUCGACCCAAAUAUAGGGAUCGAUCAGAAUGAUGAGGAGUUGGCUGAAGAUGGGUUAAGGCGUCUGAUUUAUGAAGAUAUAGUGCAGCCUCUUGAAGAUGAAUUGGACCAAGGUUUCAGUAACACCGUUUCAAUCGAUAACCUAGAUGAAGUUGCCCAAACCUUGGAUCUUGGGAGCUGGGGGCAGAUAAGAAUCAAUCAAGAGAAUUCCACAAACCUCAUCCAAGGUCCCAUCAAUCAGCCGAAAAGUAUAUGCAGUACAGCCAAGGUACAAUUAGGCUUUUUGGUGUGCAAUACCGGCUAUGGCAACCAUGAAACUAUUAUGGGUCGCAACCAAUACGCUCCCCAGUUCCGUGAGAAGCUAAACAGAACCCGAAGUUCCUCAAGUCAAGGGUCACUUUUGUAUUCUCUAAGCCACGAGAAUUAUACAGUUGGAUGGAUAUGCGCACUACCAAAGGAAAUGGCUGCAGCAAAGGCAAUGCUCGAUGAGACACAUCCACCUCUACCGCAGAAUCCUUCUGAUAAAAACAGCUAUACCCUAGGACGAAUGGGGGUGCACAAUGUCGUCAUAGCGUGUCUUCCCGCCAAUAUAAUAGGAACUGUUGCUGCUGCCAGAGUGGCUGACCACAUGCUGUAUACCUUCAAAUCGCUGAGGUUCGGCCUUCUGGUUGGAAUUGGUGGCGGAGUACCUGGCUCCAAAGAUGUUCGAUUAGGGGAUGUCGUAGUUGCAGAAUCCUAUGGGUCCAUUCAAGGUGUAGUCCAAUACGACUUUGGCAAAACGAUUCGGGACGGGAAAUUCGUCCUCACAAAAUCCUUGAAUAGAUCUCCUGACGUGCUCCUCACAGCUGUUUCGAGCUUAAAGGCGAAUCACUAUCUCAGGAAACCGAUGUUGGAAACCCACCUGAAUGAAAUGGAAACGCGAUAUCCGUUUUGGAACGUCGAAUUUUCUCACCCCGGUGUAGAAUAUGACGCGCUUUUCCAGUGCGAUUAUGAUCACCACGACGAAGAUGAUAAAGAAUCCUGUCAACAAUGUGACCCGACGAAACUAGUCCAUCGAAAACCCCGGGACUCCCUAAUUCCGCACAUCCAUUACGGCCCUAUUGCGUCUGGAGACCAGGUCAUGAGGCAUGGGGCAACGCGAGACCGACUACGAAAGGACCUCAAUGUGCUCUGCUUCGAAAUGGAAGCCGCUGGGCUGGUUGAUUCUUUCCCAUGUCUCGUGAUCCGGGGUAUCUGUGACUAUUCAGAUUCACAUAAGAAUAAGAAGUGGCAAGGCUAUGCCGCAGCAACAGCAGCUGCAUACGCAAAGGAGCUCCUUGGCGUGAUAUCUAGCAGUGAAGUCGAGUGUGCGGAGAGAUUGCUUAGUAGCCCAUCAAGAUAG